ACCAGCAUUUAAUCAAAUUUAAUCAUAUAGAUGAGCCUUUGAAAGAAGUAAAUGAAAUUGAAUAUUUGGGGAUUGUUGUUGAUCAGCACUUGUAGUAGGACCAGCAAGUGCUGUAUGUAAGUGCUUUUACGAAAUAUUUGCAGCCUAAUUCCAAGCAAAAGCUUCUAAAAACGUUCACGAUUUCCAUACGUUUGAAGAAAUUCAGGGACAUAUUAAUUUAGGAAACUAACAUAAUGACGCCAAAAGUUAUAUUCUUCACGCCCUUGAAGAUGAUUGCAGUCUGAUACAUGCAGAAUGGACAUCAAUUGAAAUGAUGAAAAGCUUAACCAGGAUUGAGCCGUUGGGCGAUGUCAUGAAGAGACUCCAUAAAUAAAUUACCCAUCUCUAGACGAUUUCCAUCAAUGCACGUGCAAGUUGUGACGUAACAAACUACAAAAAUAUGCGGGAAAUUCAAAUACCAAAUGCCUGAUUUGGAAAAAUAGUAAACUAACUUUGCAAUAUUCAAUGUGAGCGUGUUCGAUAUCGUUUUUUUUUUAGAUCACAUAAUUACGAAUCAAAUGAAGUUUUUAAGUAAACGAAUAAAUUUUGGCGACAGCAUUCGAGCACAUGUGCAUUUGUAGGUUAUGUUUAUUGUCAAAAAGUGGUAAAACAAAUAUAGGAUACUCUAAAAAGGUAACUUAUGGCGGACUUUUUGCAAUUGAAUAUACUGGAUGAUGGAGGAAUCGACAUCACAAAGGACAAUUUUGAUUUUCGAAAUAAGCCUUUUGCAGAUAGUGAUGUGUUUGAAUCAAAAGUCGAAGGUUUUCAGCAGCUGACAACAGGAAAUGAUGUUAAAAAAAUAUAUGAAUUAGAACUCUCCUCAAAGUCAUUUCAAUUUUGGCCAGGAGAUGCAAUAGGAAUAUUACCAUGCAAUGACCACAUUGAAGUUGACAAAUUAUUUAUAAGACUAGGCAUUGAGAAAAAUAUCAGAAAAAGAUAUAAACUUUCCAUCAAACCAGACACAGUAAAGAAAAAUCCAAUCAUACCCAAACAUAUCCCACCUGAGGGUAUUUUUAUAGACAUAUUUCUCAAUCAUGUAGAUGUAAGGAAACCUAUGAAAAAAGCUUUCCUGAAGGUUCUCUCAAAAUUCACAGAAGACAAGGAGGAGCUAGGGUACUUAGAACACCUAACAUCUCCAAAAGGUUCUACAAAAUACUUAAACUUCAUAAAUGGUUUAGGAAGAACACUAUUAGGACUACUAAACACAUUCCCAAAAUCUUUCCCUCCAAUAGAAACUAUUUUGGAACACUCACAGCCCCUGCAGCCUAGGUUUUUCUCAAUAGCAUCCUCCCCUCUAUCUGGGACAUUAAAAAUUACUUUCUUCAUUGUGGAAAACCCUGAUGGAACUAAAGGAGUCUGUACUGGGUGGUUAGAAAAUGUUCUACAGAAUCAAGAAAUUAUACCUGUAUAUUUUAAAACACCAGGCAAAUUCAGGAUACAUGAAGACCCUAAAAGGACUAUUAUUAUGGUAGCAACAGGAACAGGCUUAGCCCCUUUCAAGUCAUUUUUAGACCAUAGAUAUUUUCAAAAACAUUCAGGUCGUGAUAUAGGAAAAUGUAUAUUGUAUUAUGGUUGUAGGUACCGUGAUAGAGACUUUUUGUAUAAAGAUAUUUUAGAUAAGUAUUUACAAGAAGGUGUUUUGUCUAACUUAUAUACAGCAUUUUCUAGAGAUGGAGAUACUAAAUGUUAUGUUCAGGACAAACUGAAAGAAACUGGUAAAGAAUUUGUAGAUAGUUUGUUUAUAGAUGAUGCAGUAGUUUAUAUUUGUGGUGAUCCAAAGACAAUGGUGAAAGAUGUGUUAAGUGUUAUUGUUAGUAAUAUCGAACAAUAUCAUGACUGUAGUGAAAGAAAUGCACAAGAUUUGCUGAAGUGUCUUCAAGAUGAUGGAAGAAUUUUAAUAGAUAGUUGGACUUAACAGUAAAAGUGCUUUCCAAUACAA